GGAAAGACAAGCCCUAUAGCAGAAACUUGCGCAAAUUAGCAAUACCAAUGAAGACUUCACAGAGCAGAGGGUUCUCCUAUUACUUUGCAACAUGGUCGUGGACACGCAUGACAGGUUAUUAGACGUUCAGAAGAGAUUUGCAGGCUUGGGGGGAAACUUCGACAAUCACGAGUUAAUUUUUGCUGAAUAUUGCAAAGUUGUGGAAGAGGACUUUAGGGCACACGCAGAUGCAAUCACUGAGCUUUUUGAGAAGCAGAAAGUGCUUGAGGGAAUUGCUCUGCAGUACCGACCUGCAUCGUUUGCAUUGAUUGUUCGAAGACACAUGGACGAAGUCCGAUAUUCCAUAGCAGCUGGCUUUAUGCUGGUUUUCAAGGACCAAUUCAAAAAUCCAGGCAUCAUUAACUGGCAGGACGAAUCGGAGACCACCGUGCACUGGUCUAACUUUCUCGAGGCACUUAAUCGUCAUUUCUGUUGUUGUAAUCGCAUUGUGGACGUCACCCCCCUUUAUGACUUCGAAGGGGCUGAGGAGAUGGGGAAGGAAUAUGAGCUGUGCCGUCAACAUUCCCCUUUCCAUCACCUGGCAGACGACAGCCAGUUUGACCACCUUGGUAUUGAGCUUCUCCCAAAUCUCAAGCUUGUCAAAGACCUUGAAGGGCAGUUGGAAGAAGACAAUUGUUUUCAGUGCCACAAGAAUGGGCAGCUCUUGAAUGAGGGUAAAGGUGCUUUCCUGGAACGGAUGCUGAACUUUUACCUGCCCACAUUAAUCUGGGGUUUUAACGUUGCCAAGAAGCAGCUUAUGUCUGCAGACGCAACUCUCCGUAAAUCGCAAGCCAACUACGAUAACAUGAUUAAAUUGGCUGAUACAGUCCGCAGAGGCCAGCCUAUCAGCAGCACAACAGCUGACCCUAUACCCGUUGAAUGCCCAGUCGCCUCUCGAUUCGAUGCUGGCACAGCUUUGGACGUUCGAAGGAAGGAACCACGGCGAGGAUUUAUCUUUAGCAAUAGGAUACCCUUGGACUCUGUGACGGGGCCCAGGGAACCAAGGCCCAAGGGGAAGCGCAGGGCAGAAGAGGAGGCAAGAGGCCCAGAAGGUCUUCCACAAAGAAGAUUUAGAACUAGUACCAUCUCUUCUCCCGGGGAAACGUCUAGCAUCAGCCAUAGGAGGAACUGGCACCGUACGAAAGAGAAUGCCCCUUGGUCCCAUAUAGAUGAGUCAGACUUCUUGCCUGAUCUGCGCACCUACCCCCUGUCAUCCUCGCAGCAUAGCACCCCUGCACCUGCAGAACCUCAAGUUUCAAUCACUUCAAGUCAGCAGUCAGUGCUACAGAGCGUGACGGGCAGCUUGGACACCCUUCAGGAAACCCUGAGUCGUGAUAAACAGUCUUACAGUGACCGUACCAAGGAGUUCAACAACCUCAGAAGAUGUAUACACAUCAUACUUGAUCCUGGGUUGAUGCGAGUAGCAGUGCUCGGAGGCUCGUUCGUACGUCGAGUUGUGAAUCAGCUUGCACACAAGAAGCACGAAUACACCGACACGGUCCGCGAGACACUGGCCAGUUCCGCGAUGUUGAUCAAAGAGUCUGGCUUGAGCGGAGACGAAGACGAGCAAGACAUCAACUAUGACGAGGCGCUGAAAGAAAUCGAGGAACAACUCUACUCGAGCAACGAUUACUUCGAAACGGGGAAAACAACCACAGAGAAGAAAAUCGAUUCAUUCGUUGAGGACAUGGCCACGCCGGUUGCAGGGAAAGUAAACUCAGACUACCACAUUCUGUUACAGUGGUUGGAUUCGCUGAAACCCAUACCGGCGGAAUCGACGUGAGUUGGCUUACCGCUGUUAAUCGUAAGUUGUAUUUGCUCGUCGGACGGACAUUGGUCCCCCGAGAACAUUCUCUCUGUCUUUAUGUGCUCCUGUCUUUGUCAGAAUUUGUGUAUCAGUAAGACACCGUUGUUUGACACGGUGGUAGCAGUUUGCCUUUAUGCUUCCCUUCUGCUUUGUCGCUGUAGGAAUACAUUGUUCUAUGUAGGAGCAGCAACACAUAUUUAUCCUCCCUUCUCGUGUAUGUUCGUUGGAAUUGGUGUACCAGAGUGCUUAUUUAUAAUCCC